AUGAACGAAUAUGAAAAAGCUCUCCAUUUUCUAGAAGUGGGAUGUGGUUGCGGGUGCUCCGCUAAAGAAGAGUUUGCUGUGCUGCGGGAAGAUUUCCAAGCGCUAACAAAACCCGAACAAGAUACCUUCUUAAUGGCUCAACUCAGAUCCAUGGAUGGAGGGGCGAACAGUACUAGCCGACGCCUCAAGAACAAGACUCGCGUUAACAAGAGAACUAAAUCACUUGCUCAAGAAUGGACUUCUACCACGGCUACUGCUGUCAAGAACUUUUUGCUAAAUUAUGCCGAAGUUCAUGGCUUACCCAGCCCAGUCAGAAAUGUUAAUCGCGUGACUCAGUCGAUUGUCUUCCUACCGGCGGAAAUGAGUUACAGGUCUGUUCACCGUGACUUUUUGGCUGGUCUAGAGGAAGAGAGUAAAUUGCGUGCCUUCAAGUAUGAUGCUUUUCGCAAAUUAUGGCAUCAGCUGACCCCGUAUAUUCAAAUCAUGAGUUCUCGAACAGACUUAUGUGAUACCUGUCAGCAGUUGCGGAAUGACUUGCAGUUUAAAGCCCGUAAAGAGGAAGAGGCCCAAGAGCAUCUAGUCAAAGCCAAAAAACUCGUUGACCAGGAUUAUUCCAUACUGAAAGGCAAAACACCAUACCGUAGUAUUAAUGCAAUCGGCAAAGUGUAUUACCUUAGUGCUCGUAAAGUGCACUUGUUUGGUAUCCAAGAUGAAGCGGUGCGUGAGCAAAUUAAUUACGUGAUAGAUGAGAAUGAACUGCUUGGAAAGGGUCCGAAUGGUACGCUUAGCUUAGUCUUCGAUGGAAUUAAGCAAUUAAAUAAAGGCGAAAAACAUUUAAAAAUCACUUGCGACAAUGCGGGCGGACAAAACAAAAACAAUACCACUCUUUGGUUUUACCUGUACCUGGCAAUUGUUGGUUACUAUGAAAGUAUUGAAUUGAACUUCAUGGUUCCCGGCCAUACCAAAUUCAAAUGUGAUGGUAGCUUCGGACCGAUCAAAAGGCUUUAUCGCAAGACAACGGUAGACUGUGUAGAUCACAUCGCAGACGUGGUAAAAAGAUCUAGCAUUGCCGGACUAAAUAAAGCUCGACGUUAUAAUGGUGAUGAAGGUUUCCAAUAUUACGACAUCAUAAGCGGUCUAGAAACCUAUUUCAAAAAAUUGCCUGGCCUGCAAAGGUUUCAACAUUUUCUUUUUACCUGUGCUAACCCUGGUAUAGUUAAAGCCCAAGAAGUCGCUAAUGGGCCUUUCCAAGAAUUCAAACUAUUAAAAAUUAGUAAAUCCGAGGCUUCAAGAGUCAUAGAAGGCCUUGUCAUUUCCAGUGCUAGUGCCUCCUCCUAUGAAGUAUGA